CUGACUUGGUGCUGAACUGGUGCUUGUGAAUCCUGCAGGUAACAACACACUUAGAAGCUGAGAAGAGAGAGAGAGAGAGAGGGACACACAAGGAAGAGAGGAGGAGAAAGAAGAAGAAAAAAGGAUAUAAAGAAAAGGAGACACAGAAGGUGGGAGGGAUUGAUCCAUAAAUAUACAGAAGAAUCUGCAUCACAUCAGUGACAGAUCAUCUCCAUGGCAAGACAAUGGGAAGCAGACAGACCUUGAUAAAAAGCGAAGGAAAAGCAGGAUGUGCACAGUGACCUUAUAGAAGGAUUUGCACGCUGUGCUCCAUACAUUCCACAGAAUGAUUGACAUCUAGCCAGACACAGGACAUGCUCAGCUGUAGACAUCCAUUCGUGAGCACACAGCUUAUCGCCUUGCAGGGGGUGCAGGGGUGCUGGGAACAUCAUCCUCUGUCCCCAGGUGACUUUUUGACCCAGGGAACCUCCACGUUGGUCCCAAGGAUUGAUCUGACGCCUGUUUUGGGGAUUUUUUUCCAUGGACAAAGACGAAAGGCAAGUGGACUGAUACGCAGCUAAUCUGCAGUUGCCCAACUUUCAGUCUGGCAAUUGGGAAAGUAUAAGGAACCAAGGACCAGGCGUAAAGCCUCUCCUACCCACAGUGAGCUCCUACUGCUGGAUCCCAUUUUAUAUGAUUUUUUUUUCUUACUGUGUGUGAUCAAGGCUCAAGCUGUUCUGGACAUUUGAUUGGCAGUGCCAAGGUGGUGUGUGGGGCCCCCUUUGAUAUUGCCCUUUGGGUAAGCUAUUCUUAUUCUUCUACCAGAUCAGACCUUGAAUGCAUUGAAAUAUGAUAUGAGAUAUAAGAGCUUUCAUUGCUGGAAGUAAAGUGGACAGCUUCCAGUUGUAACCCAGAUGAUUGGCUGGAAGAAUGCUCCAUAGGAAGACCCAGGGAGAGAGGGCGUGAGGGGGAGAAUGAAGCAUUUUGCUGCGUCCGAGAAGCAUGAGGUGGCACCUGUACACCCGCUCUGACUGGGCAUGGCUGGUGCUGACUUGGUUGUCUGUAAUGUUGUGUUUGGCAACCGCUACAGCCACACUUUCUAGGCAACAUGGCUCGGCCGCUUCAUCCGGUCAGGCGUCACUGGACUGGUUGCUUAGUAACAGGGGCCCAUUCCAUGGGGCCCAGCAAUACAUGGACUUUGCUGAGAGGUACCAACAAGGAUAUACCACCAGGUAUCACGUUCACAGAGAAUUUGGUCGUUGGAAAGUGAAGAACAUGGCGCUGGAGAGUAAGGAGUUUCCAAAUCUAACACUGGCUCCAGAGUUUGUCCGGAAUAUCCGUCAGCUGGGGAGGAGACCCACCUCAGCGCAAAUCACAGAGAACCUGAUAAAGAAGUAUGGCACGCAUAUUCUGCUUUCUGCUGUGCUGGGAGGUGAAGAGUCACUCACUAUGUUUGUGGAUAAAGGAAGACUGAAACGGGAAGCCGGAGUACGCGGGAACACAUCAGCCCCCACGCUGGAUACUCUACACCAGCUGGCAGCUUCAUAUUUCAUGGACCGCGAGAGUGCACUGAGGCAGCUGCACCACAUUCAGAUCACCACGGGAGCCAUUAAGGUAACCGAGACGAGAACCGGUCCCCUCGGCUGCAGUAACUACGACAACCUGGACUCUGUCAGUUCCGUUUUAGUGAUGGGUCCUGAGAGCAAAGUGCAGCUUCUGGGGUUACAGGCGCUGCUUCCUCAGUACUUGCGAGUUAGAUUUGUCAGAGCUGCACUGUCCUACAUUUCAUGCAACUCCCAGGGAUGGAUGGAGUGCCAGGGAGGAGAGUGUUGGUGCAACUGUGACGCUACCUAUCCCCAAUGCAAUUGCCCGGCGGAAGACAUCCACAUACUGGAGAAAAGCCUAACUCAGACCCGGGACCAGGCCAAUGGGCAGAGCAAAGAGUUCGAGGAAUCUGCAGAGUUCCGGGCUUUUCUGAAGAGUUUGCCCACAGACCGGUUCCUCAACAUUUCAACUAUUUCAAGACUUUGGAACUCAGACCUCCACCUCACCCGGCGCUAUGAACAGUUAAGAGCGGGUAUCAAGCAGCAACUGUCCAAGUCUCAACGCCAAAUGCGACGUCUGAUUAACCUGAACAAACACUGCCUCCGCCAGCCUCAGUUCACAUUACUGCGGGAGAGACCCAUUUCUUAUUGGUGGCACCAUAUCCAGUCCCUUCUCUACUGUAGUGCAUCACUUGUGCCUGGCACAUUUCUGGAGGCAUCUCACAGCUGCACCUGUACUCUCCAACAUCCCAAUUGCCAGGAAAACAUUCCAUGCAUACAGGGACCUGGCCCUUUGUGUUCCCUCUGCUCAACAGUUCAUCCUACCCAAUGUGCCAGUUGCAACCCUGGAUACACAUUAACAGCUCAAGGCCUGUGCGUGCCUUCAGUGCCUGAGUCCUCAGAACCUUAUCUUGGGACAGAAGGUACUUUGCAGGACUUAGAAGUAAAGUACUUGCUUCUUAAAAGAGAUGGACGCUUGAGAGCUCCAGCAUUCUUUAUCUCUGGAGAUCUGCGGCUAGGCAUGUGGUUCCAAAUGGGUGGUAGGAAGCGUAUGCUCCUGACCUGCAAGAGCAACAAACACUGGCCUAGGCAGCUGCAUUUACUUCUAGGACUUUCAAUGCGUCUCUGUCUUGCCGGCAAUGGGACAAGAGACCCUCAAGUAACCGUUUAUGUGAAUCCCUUUGGAGGGAGCCACUCAGAAAGCUGGUUGCUGCCUGCUGGAGAACAAGGUUACCCAAGUUGGGAGAAAACUUGGGACAUGGAAAACGGAGACCGUUGUCAGAACUGGACUUUAAUACUAGGCCACCGCUGGCGGUCAUUUUUUGAGACUGUCCACUUUUACAUGAGAAGCAAUCCUUUGGAAGAAGAAGAAGAAGAAGGAGAGGAGGAUUCUGCAGAAUGGACAGACAAACAGACUUUGGAUGACAAAUUAGAAGAUCCUGAGUAUGUUCGCAUUGAUGGUCUUCAUGCUUUUGGUUACAGUGUACCUUUUGACCCAGAAGCCAUUAGGGGCUUAGCGCAACAAAUAGACCAACCAGGGUCCAGAGAAAUAGCACUGCUAGAAAUGCAAGAGCUGAGAAAGCGUGUGAAUUUCUUAUCACCACCAGGUGCCCGUAAACUGGAUCUGUUUAGCUGCUUACUGCGACACCGGCUGAAGAUGAGCAGCAAUGAGGUGGGAAGAAUACAGGCCCAACUUGCUUUAUUAAGCAGUCAACUUCCUAAUGGCUCCACCUAUGAGACAACAAAGCUCUGCAGCUAGAAGUUCAGCUAUUGGAUAUAUUUGCCCCUUUAAAACAUAAGGCCCAUCAUUAAUGUACAAUGUCUUCCUUUUGCGAAGUCAGUUUCUCAAACCACGUCUGUAUUCUUGGGUCUGCAAUAUCUUGAUGGUUAAAAGGAUGCCAAGAAAACAUCAAGUCAACCUAGUCAAUACCAUCAAAUUUGUUUGUGAGAGGAAAAUGCCCAAUCUCAAGUGACUUGUUGAGUUCUGGUGUAUGCUACUCAGUAGGGCAAGCCAAGUGUGCCCUGGUCAUUGCCAGCUGUGAUAGGUCCAUAGAGGCAACAAAACUGUAGAAAAUGUCACGGCCAAAGCCAUAUUCAGAUAAACCGACAAAACCCAUCACCUUUUAAUUCCCUGUCUAUGAACAUGGAAGACCACUUGAGAAUUUUACAGUCUGAUGUAUCAAGAUAACCCGAACAAAAAAUUCACAUAAAGAGAAAACACAAAAAUGUAGUAUAAGGAUUUUUUUUUUUAAAGUGUGAAAUUAAAGUAUAUAUGACCUACUGAGGAAAAAAUGGGGUACAUAUACAACUAACUGUUAGUGUAACCUAACAGUACAACUAUCUCCUAAAAAGCCUUAUUUACUGUCACCAGUGACAUUUACAAAAAGUGUGCUUCAUCUGGUACAAAGAGGGUUAAUGGAGCUUAGUCAUUCAUGAUAAAGGUCAUAAAUUUGCAAAAACUGACAAAAAGCACAAGAAAAUAUAAGACUUUCCAGUGA